AUGGCACAAGGAAAUAAUUAUGGGCAAAGCAGCAAUGGGGUGGCUGAUGAAUCCCCAAACAUGCUGGUGUACAGAAAGAUGGAAGACGUCAUAGCCCGCAUGCAAGAUGAGAAAAAUGGGAUUCCUAUUCGUACGGUGAAAAGUUUUCUUUCCAAGAUUCCCAGUGUCUUUUCUGGUUCAGAUAUUGUUCAAUGGUUAACGAAGAACUUAUCUAUAGAAGACCCAGUUGAAGCUCUGCAUUUGGGAACUCUGAUGGCAGCACAUGGUUAUUUCUUUCCAAUCUCAGACCAUGUUCUAACACUGAAGGAUGAUGGCACCUUUUAUCGAUUCCAGACACCCUAUUUUUGGCCAUCAAAUUGUUGGGAGCCGGAAAACACAGACUAUGCUGUUUACCUCUGCAAGCGGACAAUGCAAAACAAAGCAAGGCUAGAACUAGCAGACUAUGAAGCUGAAAGUUUGGCCAGGCUACAGCGAGCUUUCGCUCGGAAAUGGGAAUUUAUUUUUAUGCAAGCUGAAGCACAAGCAAAGGUUGACAAGAAGAGAGACAAGAUAGAGAGGAAGAUUCUUGACAGUCAAGAGCGAGCAUUUUGGGAUGUGCACCGUCCGGUGCCUGGCUGUGUAAACACUACUGAAGUGGAUAUAAAAAAAUCUUCAAGGAUGAGAAAUCCACAUAAAACAAGAAAGUCUGUCUAUGGCUUACAAAAUGACAUCCGAAGUCACAGCCCUACGCACACUCCAGUGCCAGAGACUAAGCCACCCACAGAAGAUGAGCUACACCAAGAGAUUAAGCACUGGCAAAUGCAAUUAGACAGACAUAGAUUAAAAAUGUCAAAAGUUGCAGAGAGUCUAUUAGCUUAUACAGAGCAGUAUUUGGAAUAUGAUCCUUUUCUUGUGCCCCCUGAUCCCUCAAACCCUUGGAUAUCAGAUGACACCACUUUCUGGGAACUGGAGGCAAGCAAAGAGCCAGGACAGCAGAGGGUGAAACGAUGGGGAUUUGGCAUGGAUGAAGCUUUGAAAGACCCUGUGGGAAGAGAGCAGUUUCUGAAAUUCUUGGAGUCAGAAUUCAGUUCAGAAAAUUUAAGGUUCUGGUUAGCAGUAGAAGACCUGAAGAAGAGGCCUAUCCGUGAAGUUCCUGCUCGCGUCCAAGAAAUCUGGCAAGAAUUUCUUGCUCCAGGUGCGCCCAGCGCUAUCAACCUCGACUCAAAAAGUUAUGACAAAACCACUCAGAAUGUGAAGGAACCUGGAAGAUACACAUUUGAAGAUGCUCAGGAGCACAUUUACAAACUGAUGAAAAGUGAUUCUUAUCCUCGUUUUAUACGAUCCAGUGCCUACCAGGAGCUGCUACAGGCCAAGAAAAAGUUGGAAAACACUCUGGAUCGUCGAACAUCUUUUGAGAAAUUCACACGCAAUGUGGGCAGAAACAUCCCUAUUUUUCCAUGCCAUAAAAACUGUACACCAACACUGAGGGCGAGCACUAACCUGUUAUGAAAAGAGGUAGAAAGAUCUUGGAUUAUAAUCGAGUUUGUCUGCAUUGUCUGUUGAAUUGUGCAGGUGAUGCUGCUGUGUGUGUGUGUGUGUCUGUGGCUUUUUCUGUGAUCUGGUUAGUGGAGCUGUGUGUGUUGAAAUGAACUAUAUGAGAGCUUUCAGCAAAGAUCAUGGUUUUUGUUUUUUUUUUUAGUUUCUAGGGAAGGAGAAGCAGUUGUCAGAACCUGUCUCUCCUGUAA